AUCCGCUCUCACCCUUGCUUGGUUCCCUAAUUGUUGUACUUGUGUUUCUAAACUACCCUGAAGCACACGAAAAGUAAAGAGCCCUAAUGACAGGAAUCACUUGGCACUAUGUCCUGAAAUUCAUCAUCACUGGCGAUGCUGGAGUUGGCAAGUCAUCUUUACUUGUUCGCUUGACGGACCAACGUUUUCUUGCGAACCCCGACCCAACUCUAGGAGUAGAAUUUGGCUCGAAGCUAAUUGAGAUACCCGAAGAAGGGAAGAUUGUCAAGCUUCAAUGUUGGGAUACUGCCGGAACCGAAUCCUUCAGGUCAAUUACACGGUCAUACUACCGUGGUGCCGCGGGCUGUUUGCUGGUCUAUGAUGUGACGUCUCGCAAAAGUUUUACCAACGCGCAAUCAUGGCUUGCAGACGUACGAGAGCAUGCUGACCCUCAUUUAACUUGCAUACUGGUCGGAAAUAAAAUUGACCUAUGCGACGAGGAAGCAGAAGACACAUUGAGUCGACGAAGAGAAGUUUCCACAGACGAAGCGGACGAAUGGGCGAGAAAGGAGGGAUUGCUAUUCUUGGAAGCAAGUGCAAAAUCAGGGAGCAACGUUGAUACGGCAUUUGAGACAGCCUCGCGCGAUAUUCUCCAUAAGAUCAAGCAUGGCGUUUUUGAUGAUGAUCGAUCUCCAGGAGUGAAGCUGUCAAAGCCAACAAAUGGAAACGUCGCCCUGAAUCGAGCAUCAAAUAAACAGGGAUGCUGUUCAUGAUGACUACUAUAUUAUGUGCAACAUUAUACAUAAAGUUGCUGUAUUCUAUUCUACUGUGGUUAAGGGACUAUAGUUAUUACUCUGUAUUACCGAAGAUGCGCAGAAUUAUGAGACUCGUACUGUAUCUGAAAUGUUCAAUGAAAUCCCGCGCUA